AUUUAAAAAUGUGUAAACGCAAGCCAUUGCAUAAGAGCACAUGCAGGGGUUAUUCUUCUGUCUGUCGAUUGACGUAUGUUUAUUUUUUUUAAUGAAAUGACAGUGAUUUUUUGCCGGUGAUGUUGUAAUGUUGGCAUAUUGGUUAUUGACAGAUAAGUAACCUGUGUUGUUGUGGUGUUGUUUUUUUGCCUAUAAAAGUAUUAAAAUAGGGUUAAAAUGCCAAUUUACGAAACGUUGAGCGAUAGAUUAACUGUCGUGCUCGAUAUCGGGGCUGCCUACACCAAGUUUGGUUUCAGUGGGGAGUACGCCCCACGAUGCAUAAUUCGUUCGGAAGUCCGGUGCAAAAAAACGAAUCAAGUUCGGCGAAUCUUUGAUUUUAAAGAUGAACAAGAUUUGUAUGAUUUACUUGUGGAUUUCAUCCACACUUUGUAUUUCAAAUACGCGUUGUUUAGCCCCAAAGACAAACCAAUCGUGGUUGUUGAAUCUCUUCUAUCUCCGACAUUAUUCAGAGAAACCUUAGCUAAAGUUUUGUUUGUCCAUUAUGAAAUUUCAAUGAUGUUGAUUGUGCCUUCACAUUUAGUAAGUUUAUCCACCCUGGGGGCUGAAACAGCACUAGUGCUAGAUGUUGGCUACAUCGAAGCCGUUGCUAUUCCUGUUUGUUUCGGUCUGCCGGUAAUUCACGCCUGGCAAGCCCUACCUUUGGGGGCACAAGCAAUUCAUAAUAACUUGCGGACUUUACUGAGCUCGGAAAAUACCGGAAUCAAUCAAUUGCCCGAAACAGUCAUUGAAGAUAUCAAAGUGCGCUGUUGUUUCGUGACCAAACAAAAACGGGCCGAACAAUUUAGUUUGGCAAAACCUGACAUCACUUUUGCCCCCGAGGUCAAGUACCCCAUCGGGGGCUCCGACAUGAUAACAAUCUCGGGAAAAGUGCGCGAAAAGGUUUACGAAAUUUUGUACGAUGAAGAUAACGACCAUUUGAGCCUCUCUACCAUGAUCCUUGAUGCUAUACUAAAAGUUGAUAUGCAUUUGAGGAACCAACUCGCUGAAAACAUUCUCUUAAUUGGGGGUAGUGUCAUGGCCCCCGGAUUUAAAGCAAGACUGAAAGACGAGUUACACAAACAACUGAAAUAUGAGAGGUACAAGAAAUUGAGAAUUAAGACGUUCAAGUUUCAUAGUCCACCCUGUAAGGAAAAUUAUGCCGCGUGGUUGGGUGGGGGCAUUUAUGGGGCAACGGAAGUCUUAGGCAUGAAGGCCUUAACACGGGAGAAGUAUUUCUUGGAGAAUCGCUUACCCGAUUGGCCCAAUAUGAGGGAUAAUAGGACUCUUUAAUUUUUUUGUAAUAAAUUGUUUGUAUUUU